ACACUGGCAGCUAAUACGCACGCGGCCUCUUCUGUUUUUGUUGCUUGGCUGACGUAAAUUUACAACAAAAAGAAUUAAUUACAGUGCUUCCAAAUUAGUAAUAAACAAAUUAAAUGCAAAUCAUUAAAUUUAUCAACUAAACUAUAGUCCAAGACUUGAUCAAAGCUUCAGUGGCUCACUACAAAAAAAGAACCAUUUGGACUACAAAAAGGUCUGGCUCAAAAUGAUAGGAACACUCGCUGUUAAGAUAAGAAUCACCUAAUCCUCUCCAGCGUUUAACUUUUUAUGUUUACUAGGCGCUUCAGAGACCUUUUGUUAGUGUUGGAUAACAAGCAAAUGUUGCGGCGGAAACAGCUGAUAGCCGGCCUCCAUGUGUCGGUGUGUUUCUGUGCAUGUGUGUGUGUGUGUGUGGCCGUGUUUUUGUUUUUGCUGCAUGCUGAUAAGAAGCGACGCAAUUAACUGCAAUCUGUUGAAGAAAAUUUCUGAAUUCUAUUGAGAGAAACAGCAAAUGGAAUACAGUUUAAUAUGAGUGGAAUUAUACAUGGCCUCAGUUGGUUUCCCAACUUUCCAGAUAGGUUUGUCUCCUGGGGCCAAGAGAUUAAUUUAUAUGAAGUGCGCAGCAGCAAGGAUGACGGUGCCACGCCAAAGAGUCGAUUGCCCUAUAUUUCGGUUAACUAUUUGUCCAAUGAGUCGCGCUAUCAAUAUGCUCGUUGUGUGGCCGCCUCCUAUCACAGUGACCAGCCGAUCAUAGCGGUGGGUUUGGGUGAUGGUAAAAUUGGCAUAUGCAAUUUUCGGGACAGCUACGACAGCAGCUGGGAGUACACUCCACGACAGCAGCGUAUGUGUACCUGCUUGGCCUGGAAUGAGCAAUCCGCUAAUAUACUGGCUAUUGGUCAUGAUCGUCAUCGUUCGGAUUCGUGUAUAACCAUUUGGGAUAUUGAACGUGGUGUGCCCAAAGAUACGGCUAAUUUUUUUGGCUUGGCUGAAUCAGCAAAUUCCGUGUGCUGGGAUCGCAAUCAACGCCUGCUUAUAGCGGGCAUGAGUCAAAAAAUGAUUAAACUUUUUGACCUAAGACAGAACAAUGCCAGUUGCCAGAGCAUUCAAACGAAAACCGUCCAUGGCCUAGCUGUGGCUCCAAAUGGCCAUUAUUUAUGCAGCUAUGUCGACUCCAUUGUUAUGCUGUGGGAUUUGCGUGCCAUUGAUCGUCCCUUGCGUCAAAUUCAAUCAUCGAAAAAUCAUUUACAAAUUGCCUGGUGUCCCACACGACCUAGUCUGCUCUCCUCACUGCAAAGAGAUUCGCCUUAUAUAACGCUAUAUGAUAUUCGCAGCGUGGAUAACGAGAAUUCUCGUGAGAUUUAUCAUGUUAAGCGUCAAAUAAGCCCAUUUCCAGCUAAAUAUCAACAAACGAAAUUCUCUAACUUAAAUUCCUUAUCCUGGCAUACGAGAGAUGUAGAGAGAGCUCUACUACUGGCAGAUGCAAUGAAUAUUAUGGACUUUCGUUUGCCCGCGAGCCUACAUACGGCCUAUAGUAAUCGCACAAAACUUCCAUUCCUGAUGCCUCCUCCGCCCAUGGCGGCUUGUUCGUCACCAACUACCACCACCACAACAACAACAACGACAGCGACUGCAGCACCCACAAUUGGAACAAAUUCAAGUGGCAGUUCAUUGGAUUAUACUGGCGGUACUAGUUCAGCUUUCAAUUUUGAUAUCCUAGAACCCGAACUAAUGAAACUCGACUUGGAGGAUAAGAUACGUCAAAGGGCUAUCGAGGAUUAUGGCAUGAAGCCGGAUAAUAGAGCAUUUGCUGAACUUCAUUUAAGUCCUUAUUUGAGAAAUGUCUGGUCCACAUUGAAGAAUGUUUAUUGCGAUGAUCGUUUGACCGGCUUAAAGUCCACUCUGGGCAUUAAUCUGGGACACACAUCGGAGGCUUUAAUGGCCAGUUCGCGCAUAGAAUCACAGAUUCUACAAUGGCCAGAUGGUAUCAAUAAUUCCAACAAACUGACCUGCUAUCGAAGUGAACAACGCCAUCUUGCCCUACAACUAUGUGGUUGGCCCCACGAUCAGGAACUGGAACGUUUCAUUGAUCAACUCUUUGCCAAUAAGGAAUUUAGUCGCGCCGCUAUGAUAUGUGUGUUCCAUUUGAAAAUUCUGUAUGCCUGUAAUAUUCUGUCUUCGGCAGCGGAUACGAUGAGUGAUCCGAGCAUGUAUCGGAUCACAGUGAUUGCUCUAUCCAGUUUUAAUGCCGAUCGUUGUAGUACCACAUGGCGAAAUCAACGAUCCAAUGCAAAUAUGCAAAUUCAAGAUCCACAUUUGCGAGCAAUUUUCUCAUUUCUAACAAUGGAAAAGGAUAAUUUUGAGGGAGUUCUUAAAGAGGAAGGCGUCUCACUUGCUGAUCGUAUGGCAUUUGCUUGUAAAUACUUGUCCGAGACCAAAUUGGCCGAUUAUGUGAAAAAUCAGAUACAAAAAGCCAUUGAAUGUGGUGAUUUGAAAGGUUUAUUAUUAACUGGAGAAUCUUUGGAUGGCAUCGAUAUACUUCAGGCCUACAUGGAUGCUAGUUUUGAUGCUCAGACUGUAGCCCUAGUGGUCAUUAAUUACUUCCGUCACGAACAUUUCUCAGAUAAUCGCAUUUUUAAACAGGACAAAACAAAGCUUAUAAUGGCGUUUAACAAUCAACAGCGUGGAAGACCCGCUUUUCAGCAGCAACAGCAACAACCACUAUUCAAUGGUGGAAAUAAUAAUAAUAGACGUCCGCGAUCUCGCGACGCUCGCCGAAUGGCAAACUUUAACCAGCAACAGUUUGAUAGACAGUAUGGUUCAACAAACUGGUCUGGACAGAUGGAGCUGGAAGACCGCUCUCAACAAGCGCUUCAACAAGCUGUAGCGCCACAGCGAAAUCGAAGCAAUAACUGGAAACCAAAACAACCGGUCAGACGAGGACCUCCCGCUGCACCCGUGGUUACGGCGGAAACGCCCCCAUUUGAUGAAAUCUCCUACGCCGGUAGUGGCAGGGGAAGUAAACCCGUCAAAAAGACACUUGCGCAAAAUUUUGAUUGCGCUGGGUUUAUACCGCUAGUUCGACAAGUAUAUGAGCGGAUGUAUGUUGAGGAUUCCCGUCUCCCUCGCAGCUUACCAUUUCCAAUAUUUCAGCAUGCAAUGACGGAGUUUUUAACCGCGUAUAUGAUACAUCAGGGUAAAUUUAUCUUAAAGAUUCCGGCUUUACAAUCUUUAAUGGACCCAUUAGCAGCCAUUAGUGCUGAGAGCUACAAUAUUCCAAAACCUAUAUUCGAUUACAUUUGUGGAAUAGGCCCGAAUGUUACUCCAACAGGAGACAAAGUGUAUUGGAAUUACCCAUCCGUAGCCAUACCGAGAGUUUCGGAAACCGUUCGGAGACAGGUAGUCCGAUCUGGUCAUUUCGGGAUUGCGAGUACCGCAUCCCAUAAUGUUUACGAGUGCUAUGUUAGCCCAUAUAUAACAUCACAAUAUAUUAUAGCUUCUAGAGCAAAUACAGUAGGAAGUUGGAAUCCCCUUCCUGACGCUUGGAUCCCCGCUGGGGGUAUGCCAACGGAGAAUCUCCUUGGUUAUCGUGAACUUGCGCGUCAUCACCCAGACUCUUUACGAAAACUGGAAGAGUGUGCUUUUGAAGAUAGUGCUUCAGCCACUGGACUUUUGUGUCAUAGUGCUUAUGUAAUGGAUUUAUCCUCGUCCAUAAUAGGUACAUUAAGUAAAGUAAAGUCCGUAAAAGCUGUAUUUACAGCCAGAGAAAAUAGCGCUGCCUUCAUUUUCAAAAACCAUACAACACAAAGUCAGGCAACCGCUACCCUUUGGGAUGAGCCCGCUACCCUCAACUCACCAUACGCUUUUUCUUCUGCGGCGUCGAACCGCGCCAAUUACAUGGCCUAUAAGCGUAUUAGGAUUGAACAAGUACCCGGAACUUGUUAUAUAUUAAGCAAUUCAGACCCCCCUAAUGGAUGGGUAGGUACCAGGAAUCAUAAUUUCCAAUGUACUGGUCAAUUUGCUUUGCAAAGAGGAUAUCGUGAUCGUGAAAGCAUAAGGUCAGCUGAUCAUGAAGAAGAGGAAGGUCUUGGAACAGUUACCCAGGACGUUUAUAAUUGGCUGGACACCGCCAUGAUAACGAAGUGAUAGUACUUCGCUUUUCCGAGUUUGGAACACCAACUUGAUGCCACUGCACUAUCAGUGAUGAGUCUUUUAAAACGGCUCAUCCAACAAGGCAUUCGAUACGGAUUUGCCACAGAAAUUGCACGAUAGAUAAACAGUACGCGAACUUCUCGCCGAGAAGCGUAUGCUUUCUAUUUUGAUAUCCAAUUCGGCACGCUUCUC